AUGAAGAGAACUUUAGCAAAUUCUCCUCAGAACUCUUCUAAUCCUUCAACUUCCACUAACCGAGGAGGUCAACAACUUGGUGGUUCGGGAGGAACAGAUAAACGUCAAGGCAACUUUGAAAUCGUAAUAUCACUUAGUGUAUUUAUUGGCGCGAUAGCCUUCUUACGAAAAUAUCCUGAUCUGUUGGCUGUGUGA